CGCCCUUUAUUUUCACCGUUUCACGUACUUUUCUUUUGUCAAACAUACACCUGUGUUAUUCAAAAUUUUGCCUUCCUUUUUUGACCUCGACACCCUUAUAAAGGCAGCGCCAUCCAUCAACCCACCCAUCCAACAAAAAAACUCUCGUACUUAUCUUUAUCUUACAUCCACCAUCCCAGAAGAGAGAGCUAAAGAAACCUAGCUAAGAGAGUUAUCAGCCAGAAAUUGCUCAUUAGAGCUCUCCAGUAACCAAAAGCAAGGCUGUAUUGAGAGAAGUACAGAACUACAGACAAAUGGGUAACAGUUUAGGCGGAAGAAAAACGGCCAAGAUCAUGAAGAUUGACGGAGAAACGUUCAAGUUAAAGGCUCCGGUGCGAGUUGGGGAUGUAGUUAAGGACUACCCAGGUUUCGUUUUAAUGGAAUCUGAGGCAGUUAAGCACUUUGGUAUCCGAGCAAAGCCGUUGGAGCCACAACAGGAACUGAAGCCCAGGAAGCUCUAUUUCCUAAUUGAACUGCCGACGCUUCCUCAGCAGAAGGUGGCCAGAAGGGUGCGUUCUGGCAUACAGAUGAGCGCCAAGGACAGGCUGGAGAGUCUAAUGCUGUCCCGGAGGUCUACUUCCGACCUUACCAUCUUAAAAUCCACCAGCGUCAUCCCCGACGAGUCCGGACCAGAAUCGCCGUCCGGGGCUCUGCGGGUUAAGCUAAGGCUGCCUAAAUCACAGGUGGCCAAGCUGAUGGAAGAGAGCAGUGAUCCCAGCGAGGCAGCUGCGAAGAUCAUGGACCUUUGCCUCUCGAAGAACAACGGCAACGGCAACGUCGAUGGAGUUGCAGGCAGGAGCAAUGAGGGGUCGCUCUUGCAGCAACAAACGCAGUGGAAGCCUGGUCUAGGCAGUAUCACCGAGACGAGUUGCAAACCGCGUGAGAAACGAGUUGGGUUUUCGCCAAUUGUAGAAGGAGAAUGUGCCUAGCAAGCAAAAGCAAGGAGAAGCUAAUUACUAAUGAACCCUUCAUUAACUACUGUAAUGUCCUAGUGGAUCGGAGCUACAACAGUUGAAGGGAGGGUGUAUUUAGGAUAUCUCUCUUUCUCUCAUUCCAACCCCAACUUCUUUCUAUGUCCUCUCUCCUCUCUGCGUAUAUGACGGUUCAUAUGUAUAGUUCACUGUAUGCGCAAGUGAACAGUGUUUUUUCAGCUGUUUGAAGAAAUUGCAAAGGAAAGAAGAGUAAAAUCUUAAUUACUAUA